AUGGCAGAAUAUGAGGAAGCCUACGAGUACGAUGAUUAUGAGGAAGAGGAUGCAGGAAUCACGGCCGAGGACUGCUGGGCAGUCAUAUCGUCAUUUUUCGAGUCCAAAGGUCUGGUCUCGCAGCAGUUGGAUUCCUUUGACGAAUUCGUUUCUACGACCAUGCAGGAGUUGGUGGAGGAAAACUCUCAACUCACCCUCGACCAGAAUAAUCCGCCAUCCUCGGAUGACAAUCCGAUCGCCCUUCGACGAUAUGAAAUUAAAUUCGGAACAGUCUUGUUAUCACGACCUGCCAUGACCGAAGGAGAUGGCACCACGGCUGUCAUGUUGCCACAGGAAGCCCGUCUACGAAACCUGACCUACUCGAGUCCACUCUACCUCGAAAUGACGAAGAAGGUCUCGGUAGCAGUCGAGCGCCCAGUCUCUCUGAAUGAGAUGGAUGAGGAGCAACUAGCAGAACAUCACAGAACUGGAGAAUUUCCAACAAGGCUUCUUUGGGAGGAUGAAGAUUCGGGACAGGAGAUUACAGCCGCUGGUGAUAAGCAGGAUAAGAUAGACAGAGUUUAUAUCGGGAAGCUCCCAAUCAUGCUCAAGUCUAAAUACUGUAUUCUCAAGGAUCUCGACGAAGACGAACUUUAUGGUUGGAACGAAUGCCCGUACGAUCAGGGAGGCUACUUUGUUAUCAACGGAAGUGAAAAAGUCUUGAUUGCUCAGGAGCGCAGUGCAGCCAACAUCGUCCAGGUUUUCAAAAAGCCCCUUCCCAGUCCAACUCCUUAUAUCGCAGAGAUUCGAAGCGCCCUGGAAAAGGGAUCCCGACUCAUUUCUUCGAUGACCAUCAAGCUUUUCGCAAAAGGCGAUGGCCAGAGAGGUGGUUUCGGCCAGACGAUCAAGUCUACUCUUCCUUACGUCAAAAGCGAUAUUCCUAUCGCAGUGGUGUUCCGAGCUCUCGGUGUUGUUUCUGAUGAGGAUAUUCUAAACCACAUCUGCUACGACCGAAGCGAUACACAAAUGUUGGAAAUGCUUAAGCCAUGUAUAGAAGAGGCUUUUGUCAUCCAAGAUCGUGAGGUUGCAUUGGACUUUAUUGGGAAGCGUGGUAAUAGCAAUACUUUGACGCGUGACAAGCGUGUCAGACAUGCUCGUGAUAUCAUGCAGAAAGAGCUGUUGCCUCAUAUUUCACAAAAGGAGGGCAGUGAAACCCGAAAAGCAUUCUUCUUGGGCUACAUGGUUCACAAGAUGUUGCAGUGUGCUCUAGGACGGCGAGAAUGCGAUGAUCGAGAUCACUUUGGAAAGAAGCGUCUGGAUCUUGCUGGUCCCCUGCUCGCAAAGCUCUUCCGCAAUCUCUUUAAGAGACUGACGGGGGAUGUUUACAAGUAUCUACAACGAUGUGUUGAGAACAACCGAGAGUUCAAUUUGACACUUGGAGUGAAAUCCACCACAUUGACGAACGGACUCAAAUACUCGUUAGCUACUGGUAACUGGGGAGAUCAGAAGAAAGCUGCACAAUCGACUGCUGGUGUAUCUCAGGUGCUCAAUCGCUACACCUUUGCGUCUACACUGUCACAUUUACGUCGUACCAACACUCCUAUAGGACGUGAUGGAAAGAUCGCAAAACCUCGGCAGUUACACAACACUCACUGGGGUUUGGUCUGCCCGGCUGAAACCCCUGAAGGUCAAGCUUGUGGACUUGUCAAGAAUUUGGCUCUGAUGUGUUAUGUCACUGUUGGUACUCCCAGUGAUCCGAUUAUCGAGUUCAUGAUUCAACGUAACAUGGAAGUCUUGGAAGAAUACGAGCCGUUGCGCUCGCCCAAUGCUACCAAAGUGUUUGUCAAUGGAGUGUGGGUUGGGGUCCAUCGUGACCCAGCUCAUUUGGUUCGUACCGUGCAGCACCUUCGUCGGUCUCACUUGAUUUCACACGAAGUAUCUUUGAUCCGAGAUAUUCGAGACAGAGAGUUCAAGAUCUUCACAGAUGCAGGCAGAGUGUGUCGGCCCCUUUUCGUCAUCGAUAACGAUGUCGACAGCCAGAAUAAGGGCAAUUUAGUUUUAAACAAAGAUCACGUAAGAAGACUGGAAGAGGAUCAACUCAUGCCAGCCAAUAUGGAUCUGGAACAAAAGGCAGAAGCUGGGUAUUUUGGUUUCCAAGGGCUUAUCAAUGCCGGUGUGGUUGAGUACCUAGAUGCCGAAGAAGAGGAGACCGUCAUGAUCGUCAUGACGCCAGAAGAUUUGGAUAUAUCUCGUCAACUGCAAGCUGGUUACGCGCUUCGGCCAGACGAGAGUGGAGAUCUGAACAAGCGUGUCAAGGCGCCUAUGAAACCUACGGCGCACAUUUGGACGCAUUGUGAGAUCCAUCCAAGUAUGAUUCUGGGUAUUUGUGCGAGCAUUAUUCCCUUCCCGGAUCACAAUCAGUCUCCUCGUAAUACUUAUCAGUCUGCUAUGGGUAAGCAAGCUAUGGGUGUUUUCCUCACUAACUUCGACGUACGUAUGGAUACCAUGGCAAAUAUCCUCUACUAUCCUCAGAAGCCGCUUGCAACAACCCGUUCAAUGGAGUUCCUCAAAUUCCGUGAACUUCCUGCUGGACAAAACGCCAUUGUAGCUAUCGCUUGUUACUCUGGUUAUAACCAAGAAGAUUCCGUCAUUAUGAACCAGAGCAGUAUUGAUCGUGGACUCUUCCGAAGUCUGUUCUACCGUGCAUACACCGACCAGGAGAAGCGAAUUGGUAUGAAUGUUGUGGAGCAAUUUGAGAAGCCAUUCCGCUCUGAUACACUCAAGCUUAAGCACGGUACAUAUGAUAAGCUUGAUGAUGAUGGAAUCGUUGCCCCAGGUGUUCGUGUCUCCGGAGAAGACAUAAUUAUUGGAAAGACAGCGCCAAUGGCACCUGACGCAGAGGAACUCGGACAACGUACAAAAGCUCACACAAAGCGUGAUGCUUCCACCCCGUUGCGAAGUACCGAAAAUGGUAUUGUUGAUCAAGUGCUGAUUACAACCAAUGCUGAAGGUCUUCGCUUCGUCAAGGUUCGCAUGCGUACAACGAAGAUUCCACAGAUUGGUGACAAGUUUGCUUCCCGUCACGGGCAGAAGGGUACAAUCGGUAUCACCUAUAGAAUGGAGGAUAUGCCUUUCACAAGCCAGGGUAUAGUUCCAGAUCUAAUUAUCAACCCCCACGCCAUUCCGUCGCGUAUGACUAUUGCUCAUUUGAUCGAGUGUCAACUGAGUAAGGUCUCAACCCUCCGUGGUCUGGAGGGUGAUGCAACUCCCUUCACCGAAGUCACCGUUGAUUCCGUGUCAAAACUGUUGCGUGAUCAUGGGUACCAGUCUCGAGGGUUUGAAAUCAUGUAUCAUGGACAUACGGGAAGAAAGAUGAUGGCCCAAGUCUUCCUUGGACCAACCUAUUACCAACGUCUUCGUCACAUGGUCGAUGAUAAGAUCCACGCUCGUGCGAGAGGACCGGUACAGAUCUUAACAAGACAGCCAGUGGAAGGUCGUGCGAGAGAUGGUGGACUGCGUUUCGGAGAGAUGGAACGUGAUUGCAUGAUUUCUCACGGAGCUGCUGCUUUCUUGAAAGAGAGAUUGUUCGAAGUUUCUGACGCUUUCCGCGUGCAUCUUUGCGAUAUCUGUGGGCUAAUGACCCCUAUUGCAAAGCUUCAAUCUCAGAACUUCGAAUGCCGAUCUUGUAAAAACAAAACAAGAAUCUCUCAAAUCCAUAUUCCAUAUGCCGCUAAGCUACUUUUCCAAGAGUUGGCAUCAAUGAAUAUUGCUGCAAGAAUGUUCACCGAGAGGUCUGGGAUUUCAGUGCGUUAA